GGCGGCGAGCCUGGGGCCGUGGCGGCUCGUGCUGGGUGAUGCUAGGCGGCUCCCUGGGCUCCAGGCUGUUGCGGGGUGUGGGUGGGAGCCGUGGGCAGUUCGGGGCGCGAGGUGUCCGCGAAGGCGGCGCAGCCAUGGCGGCUGGGGAGAGCAUGGCUCAGCGGAUGGUGUGGGUGGACCUGGAGAUGACAGGAUUGGACAUUGAGAAGGACCAGAUUAUUGAGAUGGCCUGUCUGAUUACUGACUCUGACCUUAACAUUUUGGCUGAAGGUCCCAACCUGAUUAUAAAGCAGCCGGAUGAGUUGCUGGACAGCAUGUCAGAUUGGUGUAAGGAGCAUCAUGGGAAGUCUGGUCUUACCAAGGCAGUGAAGGAGAGUACAAUUACAUUGCAGCAGGCAGAGUAUGAAUUUCUGUCCUUUGUACGACAGCAGACUCCUCCGGGGCUCUGUCCACUUGCAGGAAAUUCAGUUCAUGCAGAUAAGAAGUUUCUUGACAAAUACAUGCCCCAGUUCAUGAAACAUCUUCAUUAUAGAAUAAUUGAUGUGAGCACUGUUAAAGAACUGUGCAGACGCUGGUAUCCAGAAGAAUACGAAUUCGCACCUAAGAAGGCUGCUUCUCACAGGGCACUUGAUGACAUUAGUGAAAGCAUCAAAGAACUUCAAUUUUACCGAAAUAACAUCUUCAAGAAAAAAACAGAUGAAAAGAAGAGGAAAAUUAUAGAAAACGGGGAAAAUGAGAAGACUGUGAGUUGAUGCCAGUUCUCAUGUUGCCACAGCAUAGUUCUCUGGAAGCAACUCUGGUGUUUUUUCUUUCUUUUUCCAUACUGAAGUCUAGGGAGAGCACCCACUCUUUAGUUCACUUGCACCUCCUGGUUACUGUAGCAGCCAGCAUUACCGCUUCUCCUAAUAUGCUGAUCCCAUUAUGAUACAGCAGCUCUUUUGUAAGUACCAGGUCAUGCCCAUCCCUUGGUACCUAUCUGUGUUUGCUUUUAGACCAUUUCUUUUGUUUAAAAAUAAAUAAAUGAUAAAUAAUAAAUAAAUAAUAAAGCUAGUUCUAUUGAAAUGCAA